GCUAGUGUGUCUAUCGACGCUAAGCUGUUUUGCUUUGCACUUUGGCAACGGUGUGCUUACAGCUGCAUUGGGGUAUAGAGCGGUGCGGGCUACAUCUGGCACGCACGCCGUUCGCUGGAGCAGCGCGGACACAGCUUGUGCCACAGCUUGCAUUCAAAUCAGCUCCCCCACCCGCACCACAGCUGCACGCUGCCGCCGGCGCGACCACCGCGCUGCAGCAGAUUGCUGCACUCAAACAAGCUUUGCCCAACUGCACUGCACGCCGCUGCACGCCGCCGCCGCGACCGCACGGAUCACCAUGUGGCGCGCCGCGCUCCGCUUACGGCACGCCGCGCCCUGCGCCACGCUCGCCGCACUCACGAGAUGCGACGAGGACACCCUCCAAAAACGCACGACCUGGAAGGCGUCGUCCGACAAGCUCGGACCGCCGCGCGUCCACCGCAUCGUCAUCACCGGCGGCCCGUGUGCCGGAAAAACCACGGCGAUGGCCAAAUUAUCUUUACGGUUACAAAACAUGGGGUUCGACGUGUUUGUCGUUCCGGAGGUCGCCACGCUAACUAUUACCGGAGGCGCGAAGCCCGGGAACUACACGCAACGGCAACACCGCGACUGGGAGGUUUCUGUGCUGAAAAUACAGAUGGCCCUCGAGGACAAUUUCCGCGACAUCGCCGAGAAGUGCUCCCUCUCAGAAGGGAGGCACGCCGUGCUCUUGAUGGAUCGAGGUACGAUGGACGUCUUGGCGUACGUGGGCAAAGAUCAAUUUGAUGACGCAUGACUGCGGCGUCCCGAGGCCUUUCUUCGGAGAUCGUACUCGCCUCCAUCUCACGAUGCCGGGGGUGGUCUCAUUUUCGAGUUUGAGCGCAUUUCAUCACGCGCAGGUCCUCGAGGAGUUCAAUUGGACGAUACCGCAACUACGCGACCAGAGAUAUGAAGCCGUAGUGCAUUUAGUGACCGCGGCGAUCGGCGCCGAGCGCUUCUACACGUUGGAGAACAACAAGGCUCGGAUGGAAAGUCGUCCGGAGGCCAUCGCGCUGGACGGAAGGCUAGCCAGGGCCUGGGUCGGCCACAACGCGCUGCACGUGGUGGAGAACGGCACGGGGAGCUUCGAAGAAAAAAUACGAAAAACGGUUGAUGUUGUGUGUCGAAGUCUCGGUGUCCCUGGACCCAGAUCGCAGCCGCGCUGGUGGAUCGUGCGCAACGUCGACGAACAGGCUUUAGCGCAAUUGGAGCCGGCGGAGUGGAAGCUGGAGCACGUUUUUUUGAGGACCUCCGAUGGAAGCGAGUCGCGUGUCACGAAGAAGUCGAGCGUCGGGGGCGGUCCCGCGACGUACCACCAUCGCGUGCGGGGUAAAAUGGUCGGCGACGAGCACUCGACGUCCGAAAGGACCCUAUCUCUCAGAGAAUAUAAAGCAUUGCUCAAAACGCGGGACCCGGGCCGCCUGAAGAUCAAGAAGACGCGGCGCGCGUUUUUGUGGCGCGACGAGUACUACAUGCUCGACACGUUCCACUCGCCCGAAUCCGCGUCCGGCACGACCACGCUCUUCGUCGAGGCGCCCAAGGGCGAGUUCUCCUUUCCUCCGUUCUUGGAAGCGAAAGUGGAUGUGACCACGAAGCACUGGUUCUCGUCGUCGGCGCACGAUAGCUAUGCGCGGACCAUGAUGCUCGCGGGCGAGGUGUCGAACGAUCCCUAUGAUGGCGACGCGAACGCGGACCCGCGGCGGGGGGCGUGGUAAGGUUUAGUAGUGUGGUAUAGUACUCU